AUGAAUGGCGCCGCUGCCCUCGGCUCCACCUCGCCAACGCUGCCGCCGCCGGCUCCUGCCCGCGGCCCCCCCGGCAUCCCCGGCGCCCUCACGGCACGGCCGGCCCCGGGAAAGCAAACUGAGCAUCACGUGGAGAAGGCAAAUAAAGGCAGGGUGAGAAACCGUGCCUUGUUACCUGCUGCCGGCACGGACCGAGCAUUGCGGCCAGGAGGGCAGAAACAGCUUCGUAACGCGCCCGAAUGCGGCAGGGGCCCCGCGGACGCCUGGAAGACAAAGAAAUCCUCGUUUCCAGAAGUCAGAGCUACCCACAGCCAUUUCCUCAUUGGUUCCCUUCAUCUGUGCCUCUUACGCACUCUGCACUGUGUGCAGCUGGGAAGAAUGCCAAUUAGUCAGAUCAUGAGAGAAGCAGCUGUAGCUGUGGAGGAGACGAGACAACAAGCCCGGAGGGAGGCACUGGCAGAAUGUCUGCCAGAGUCCGGGCCCGAGGCGGGCGGGCGGCAAGGGUCAGUGUUGCGCACCGUGCGCUGCCCGGCCGGUGGCCGGGAUGUCGGUCCCGGGCGAGUCGGAGCCGAGCCCAGCGGGACAGCGCCCGUGCCCGCGCCCUCGCACGCCUUCCCGCCGCCCCACGUGCCAGCGGCCCCUCCCGCCUCGCACUGCACCGAAGGGCCCCGCGCCCUCGCCCCGCCGGCGCGCCGGCCGCCGCCAGCCAAUGGGAAACCUGUUGCCAGGCAGAGAGCUCAUUUGAAUGGCCCAAUCAGGCGUCCCAGCCCCAGCCCCUCCUUAUAUGGGGACCGGGGGAUGCGAUCGCUAAUCCGCUCCCCCGCCACCUGCCCCGCCCACCUCCUGCCCGACGCCCCGCCCACCUCCUGCCCAACACCCCGCCCACUGCCUCCGCCGCGCGUAGAGCGCGGGAAAAGCGCCCAGCGCCGGGCGGGCAGGCGGGGGGAGAAGGCGGGAGGGAAGAAGGGGAGGGGCGGGAGGAGCCCCGCCGCUGGGAGCGCUUCCAGCGGGAGGAAGGGCGGGCAGCUGGAGUGGAAAAUUCCAGGCAGGAGGCCGCGUGUCGCCAGCGCUGCCCUCCCACACGGCCCCGCAGCGCCGCUUCUCGCCUCCCCCGGAUUCCUCCUGGAGAGCCAGCCAGCUUGUACGGGCGGCUCCCCGGGCGUACUGCGGCCAGAGGGCUCGGCUCCCCUCCCCGGACACUUCCCGUCGGAGCCGCAGCACCUCGGCGCGGAGCGGGGCUUUCGGCUGGCCUCGACGGGGCCGUGCGGCGUCUUGCGGGGACCCGCGGUGCGCCCCCGCUGCCCGGCGGCCGCGGCUGAGCGCACAUUGUUCUAG